AUGAAUGCAUUGAUUAGCAAUGUUUUGACAGUCAAUCAAAUGAGACAUCAAUUUGAAGACAUUUGCCGACAAAACCGACAACUUGUCGACAUCUUAGCCAAAGUUCACCGAUUGGUCGGCCGAUUGUUGUCGAUGGAGACAGUGGUCGCACAGUUGACUCAAAUGUCACCAUUGGUUGGCCAAGAGUUAAAUCAGUUGAGCGACAAGUUGGCCGACUUGUUAGCCGCCAGUGGCCAGAAAUCGGACGCCGACUGUGAGAUUACUGCCGAAAAAGUGGUCGCCACAGAUGAGCCGUCAGCUGUUGAAAAUAAGUCGACAACAGGUCGAGAAGUGAGUGAAAUAACGACCAAAUCGGCCGAAGAACUAUCAGUUAAUCGCCGAUUCAAGUGUUAUAUCGAAGGCUGUGGCCGUAUAUGCAAUACCAUUGACUCACUGGUCGCACAUCUUGCGGCCGAUCAUUCGGUAACUGUUUAUCGGUGUACCGAUGAUGACCUGCUGGACACUUGUUAUGAUAAACUGUUUCCUACACCAAGUGAUCUGCAAAAACAUCGCCAACAGAAACACUGUGUUGUUGUCGUCGACAAUAACAACAGUGAAUCAACGGUUCCUAACGUAUCGGCUGAUAAAGUGGUCAAAAAUAAGAGAAAACAGAAACCGUUAGCUAAUGAUAAUAAUAAUACAAAAGCUGUUAAACGCAAGAAAACAACGACGAAGAAGAUGAUGAUGAAGAAGACGACAACGAAAGCUGGUGACCAACAACUCGGUGGCGAUCAAAAUGAUGAUAACAACGGUCGGUAUGUUGUUGACGAUAAUACCGAUGGCGACAGUGUAUGCAAAAUAUGCGGUCAAAAGUUUGUCGGCGCCGAUCGUCAACAGCUUUGGUGUCACCAGAAGUCACAUGAAAUUGAUUCCCAAUGCGACCGAUAUAUCACUGAGUUUACGAACGGCGGCUGUAAACAGCUGAAGAAGAUGACUGUCUACUUGUUUCGCCAGAAGAAACAGUUUACCUCCGAUCGGAAAUGUUUGGUCACCGAUUGUAGUGAACUAUUUGCCAAUAGGACAGCAUUUAGUCAGCAUUUGGUCGAUAGUCACGGCAUACGUCGUGUGUUUGAUUGUCUUCAUUCUGCGUGCGACGAGUUGUUUGCCACCAGAGAUGAACUGCGGACACAUAGCCUGACUGUUCAUCGCAAGAAUGUCUACAAAUGUGAUUCACACGAUGGAUGUGACAAAGUGUUUGAUACUUCAGAUAAACUAAAACAACAUAUAGACUCAUCAGAUAGUCAUCAACAUAAAGAUGACGGUCAAGAAGAUAUCGAUAAUGAAAACACUGAUCACUCGGUUGCCAACAAAAUCAAUAAUAAUAAUAAUAAUCUUAAGAGAUCUUCCGAUCAAUCGUUUCAGUGUUUGGUCGACACCUGUAGUCAAGUGUAUGACAUCCAGACUGCUCUGAUUGAUCAUCUAAUGGAUGAUCAUUUGAUUAUUCCACAGGUCUGCCACCGAAGCCAGUGCUUGGGCCGGCUGUUCAUCGAUAAGGCCAGCUAUGAGCGACAUUACGACGAAAAUCAUCGCAACAUCGGUUGUCAGAUGGAUGGCUGUGGAUAUCGGACCUAUUGUCAGAGCAAACUGGACGACCACAUGAACUCGCACUCAGGUCGCAAACCGUACCGGUGCCCCAUAGAUGGUUGCGGCGCUACUUUUACCUACAAGAGUAACGUAUCGCAUCAUCUGAACGGCGUUCACGAAUCGUUGCAACUUCGGUGCGAUCAUCCGGGCUGUGAUCGGACAUUCCAGAACCGGCGCCGUCUCCAGAAUCACAAGUACUGGCAGCACUCGCCCGAUCCGAUCAAAUGUACAGCACCGGGAUGUGAUCGGACAUUCCCUACGCGUACCGAAAUGUAUCAGCAUCGUCUCAAAGUGCAUGUCGAAGAAUUGUAUCAAUGCAAUUGGCCCGGCUGUGAGUUCCAGUGCAAGGGUACCAGUGCUCUGACACAACACGAACGAUCCCAUUCCGGUUACAGGAGAUAUAAGUGCGAUCGGUGUCAGUACGCCAGCAAUAGUAAAGGAUUGUUUAACAAUCAUUUGAAACGUAAACAUAGUGGCGAACAAGGGGUAGUAGUGUAG